AUGAUCCUAGAUCCCAGAGGCAUAAUUUGGAACGACUAUUUUACUGCUGCCGAAAUCAAUGAAAUUAAAACGUACAAUUUGAAGCAAUUGCUAAACAUCUCAGAAACACUUCAAAGGUACAUGGAUUCAUAUGAUAAGAACUGGGAGACGGUUUUUUCAUUGUACGAAUAUGCCGAUAACCAGAGACAUAGCCCUGUUACCGAUUUCGACAAAAAAUGGGUACGCAAAAGCAUGAUGAAUGUUUCUGAGCUAUUUCUCCACAACCAGAGGUCGAACCUGAAUGAUCACUCAGAAGGUGAGAAGAAUGGCAUAGCAGUGACACUUGCCAGAAGCGAAGGUAGAAACUUGGAAGCCAUAGACUAG